AAAUAAAAAAUUAUUUCCUCUCUGUAAGCAAAUGCAUAUUUAUCUAUCAGAAAUCAACAAAUCGUCGCCGCAUUAAUGUUUCCUUGUGCUCUGUAAACCAAUCAUCGGAGAACCCAUCUUCCAAAUUCCAAUAUUUGCUUUUCACAGUUUCCAAUUUCAAAUCUCACAACUAGAGGAAGAGACUCUGUUCGCCAUCAUGUCUAUAGCUCUAGAAAGUAGUAGAGGGGUGAGUGAGAUCCAACCUUCUGGAUAUGUCCGCGGAGGGAUAGCGUGCGUCCCCACUCCCGCGAUCUUUGGGUCGCCGGCGGUGAGGAGAAUGGUAGAUAAGGAGGAAGAGGACAAGGGGAGGCCGGAGAUUAAUCAAUGUAGUUCAUCGGCUUCCUCGACUACAUCGUCCAUCGGAAAGAAUAGCGAUCUAUCGGGGAGAGAUUCAUCGGAUGGAGAAAAUUCUGAGGAAAAUGAGGUUCAAAGCGCGUAUAAGGGAACGCUUGAUUCCAUGGAUGCCUUGGAGGAGGCUUUGCCCAUGAGGAGAGGCAUAUCAGUGUUUUACAAUGGCAAAUCAAAGUCCUUCACAAGUCUUGCUGAUGCAUCAUAUUCUUCCUGUAUUAAAGAUAUAGCAAAACCAGAUAAUGCAUACUCGAGGAGACGCAGAAAUUUACUUGCCCUCAGUCAUGUGUUGGACAAGAAUAGAUCUUUGCCUCACCGAAGUAAUGGGGGUGGAAUAUCUAAGAGACCAAUUAGCUCAAGCCGAAGCACAUUGGCUCUAGCUGUUGCUAUGAGCAGCUCUGAGAGUACAAGUAGCAAUAGUGAGGAUUCCACGUCUAGCUCAAAUUCCAAGUCUCCACAUCUUCCUCCUCUCCAUCCGCGACCCAGGACUUCUCACAAUAAUCUAGCUUCAUUGACAUCUCUGCAGCGGAAAUGUCCUCCCUGGCGGUCAUUCUCGGUUGCUGAUUUAGAGCAUUGUGCCAGUAAUUCCACUACAACCUUUGACAAAACCGAUCACUAACUUGUUUUUCAUGUACUUGUCACCAACCCUAUGUAGCCUUCAUUGGCUUGUGGUCACAGGGUUGGGAUUUUUUGUGUCUUUCUCACCCACCCUUUAUUUAACGUUUUCAAUGGAGUUUGAAUUCAUGUUACAUCUUGUAUGCUACUUGUUUUUAACUAUAAUGAAAGGUCACUAGAGGAAUACAGUUUCA